CCAACCCCACUUUAAAUAUUUCACAAACUAUAAAUAAUACAUACCCCCACAAUAAUUCUUACCAAUAAUUUCAUUUCAUCCUUCCUACAAGAAAAAAAAAAAAACCCUUAAUUAGGCACCAUGAAAACCUCCGACUUUCCGGUCACGGCGGCGAAGGCGGAGGUGGUGGCGGCGGCGCUGCCCAUUCAGGACCACUGGCUGCCGCUGUCCAACCUCGACCUUCUCCUGCCGCCCGUUGACGUCGGCGUCUUCUUAUGUUACGGUAAUAAGCCUCGCCAACCGUUGCCGCCUUUCGCGCAUAUGGUUGGCGUGCUUAAGAAGGCCUUGGCGCAAACCCUAGUCUUGUACUACGCCUUUUCCGGCCACCUUGUUGGGAACGCCGCCGGCGAGCCGGAGCUCCUUUGCGACAACAGCGGCGUGGAUUUUGUCGAGGCCUCCGCCGAUGUGGAGUUGGAGGAACUCGAUUUGUAUAAUCCCGACGCAAGCGUGGAAGGGAAGCUCGUUCCCGCCCGAAAGCGCGGCGUGCUUGCCGCUCAGGCCACCCAGCUAAAAUGCGGCGGAGUAGUGGUGGCGAUCACCUUCUCCCACCAGGUCGCCGACGCUUACUCCGCCAACAUGUUCCUCCUCUCAUGGGCGGAGAUGGCGCGCCACGCGCCGCCCUCUCUCUCCCCUUCCUUCCGCCGCUCCGUCCUCCUCCCCCGCCGCCCCGGUGACUACCACCACUCAAUUGACAACAUGUACGUCCCUAUCUCAUCACUUCCACCGCCGCCGGACCUUUCCUCCGACGCCAAUCCCGCCGCCGCCGUCAGCCGGAUUUACUACAUCGAGGCCGAUCGAAUCAACGAACUCCAAACAAUAGCCAAUUCCAACUCCGGCAGUCGCCACUCCAAGCUGGAGGCCUUCUGCGCCUUCCUCUGGAAAAUCAUCGCCUCCGGAGACGCCGCCGCCGGAAACCGUUUUUGCCGGCUGGGGAUCGUCGUCGACGGCCGGAGCAGGUUAAUCGACGGCGGCGACGAAAACGAAGCUAAAUUAAUCCGUUCCUACUUCGGCAACGUGCUUUCGAUUCCGUUCGGCGAAUUGCCGACCGGAGAUUUGAAGCAGAAUUCCCUGAAUUGGAUCGCCGAUCGGAUCGGAGAAUUUCUCCGGCCGGCGGCGACGAAGGAACAUUUUCUUGGGCUGAUCGAUUGGGUGGAGGAGCACCGCCCUAACACGUCCGUGUCGAAGAUAUACGCGGCGGCGGAGGAGGAGGAAGCGGCGGCAGUGGUGGUUUCGUCGGGGCGGCAUUUUCCGGCAGGUAAAUUGGACUUCGGGUGGGGCCCGCCGGCGUUCGGGUCGUACCAUUUUCCGUGGGGAGGGGAAUCAGGGUAUGUGAUGCCGAUGCCUAGCCCAAAGGAGAACGGUGAUUGGGUGGUGUACGUGCACCUGGUCGAGCCGCAGCUGCACCUGAUAGAAACCGUCGGAGGUCACGUGUUCAACCGCCUCUCGUCUCACUACCUCUUUUCCUAGUAGUAUUUAUUUCUUUCUUAUACUUUGCUUCCUAAACACGUGAUAUUUAUAUAAAAUAUCGCAAUAUUAUUAUUUUUA